AUGGGUCUGCCACUGAUCCUCCGCGUCUUGCCGUGGCUGACCGUGUUCCUUUCCGUGCUGCUGGCACGUCCGGCCUGGAGCCUCCCGCCUCCACUCCGAACCGCAAUCCGAGGUCCGGGACAGGCUCGGUACUCGGCAUGCGACACAGGCAAGGGCCGCGCGGUGCUGUACAACUGCGGGCUGCAAGUGGGCAACGCGACGGCCGGCAUAGCUUCGCUGCAUGACGUGCCGUCCGCGCAGAACUACUUGGUGAAGCUUCGGCCAGAUGUGCCAGCGAGCCGGGUGGACGAGAUAUGCGACCUGGCGGAGAGCAGCAACAGCACGCUCUACACAGGCACAUGCCUCAAACGCUUCAAGGCGUUGUUCAACGGGAUGUUGAUGAGCAUAUCAGGCCAGUCGCUGCUGGCACUGCUGGACGCCGAGUCCGCCCUCGUGCAGUUCGUUGAGGUCGAGGGCCACGCCCUCAUCGCUUCUGCUCCACCUCCUUCCGCUGCUGCUGUUGCUGCUGCUGCUGCCGCCGCCGCUGCAGCUGCCUCUACUAGUAUUGCCACAACCACCGCUGGUGCCGGUGCCACUGCUGCUGAUGCUGGAGAUGCGUCUGGUGGUGGUCUUGAUGGGUCAACUUCUAACAGUUCCGCUGUGCUUGCAUCUGCAUCUCUGGUCACGCGCACUCAGCGCAAGCCCCUCUCGUGGGGGCUGGACCGCAUAGACCAGCGCCCAGGCGCGCCUGCCCUGGAUGGCGCCUACUCCUAUCCCGCCUCUGCGGGUGCAGGCGUGCACGUCUAUGUGGUGGACACGGGAGUGCGGUGCUCCCACAGCGACUUUUACUUCUCAGACGGCCGAAUCAACCCCGCCACGCGCCGCCCUGCGUCGCGCUGCCUGCCGGGAGUGGACACGGUGGGGGAUGGGCGCGGGCAGGGCAUGGCAGACUGCAACGGCCACGGCACCCACUGUGCUGGCACGGUAGCAGGCCUGCUGAGCGGAGUAGCAAAGAGCGCGUUCAUCCAUCCAGUGCGCACCAUGGACUGUGCGGGCAACGGGGCAUUCGGGGACAUCCUGGAGGGGUUGGACUGGAUCGCCCGCCACUACCAGGCGCCCGCUGUGGUGUCCAUGAGCAUCACCAUGGCCACCUCCGCUAGUCUUGACGCUGCUCUGAAGGAACUUGUUGAGAAGACAGGCAUCACGGUGGUGGCAGCAGCAGGCAACUUCUUCUCACUCGCGUGCAACUACUCACCAGCAGACAGUGAUGAUGUGAUAGCAGUGGCAUCCAGCACCAGCUCUGAUACCAUGAGCUGGUUCUCCAACUACGGCUCCUGCACCGACAUCUUUGCCCCGGGCGACGAGAUUGUGAGUGCGGGGUCAGCAUCAGAUACUGCCAUGGCAACCAUGUCAGGGACAUCCAUGGCAUGCCCACACGUGUCAGGGGCAGCAGCGCUGUACCUGUCCAUGCAGCCGUCCGCCCGCCCCAGGGACGUGCGCAAGGCGCUGUAUGACACGGCGUACCAGAAGGCAGUGCAGGCAGUGAAGCCCAGCACGGUGCCGCGCCUGCUGUCCGUCAACUUCCGCCCCCUGCUUGUGGAUGUGGCCCCACGCUCCUUCCUCUCCAUGCUUGAAGGGGCAAGUGCGCGCAUCAAGGUGGUGUUAUUGAAGGCACCUGCUGCUGACGUGGUGUUUACUGCUACCGCCUCUGAUCCCAGUGUUGCGUCCUUCUCGCCCUCGCGCCUCACCUUCCCUGCUUGCCGCACACCAGCACCACAGUACAUCACCAUCCAACUCGCCUACUCGCCCAAGUACCUGGAUCGAGCCACGCUGCUGGCCUUCACCUUCGCCAGCAAGGACUCUGCAUUUGGGGCGUCCCUGGAGGGAUAUGCCGUGGCAUACGACAAAGAUGUGUGCAAGGCGCCGUGCGGGCAGAGUGUGGAGCAGCCCAAGGUGGUGCCGGCGCUGCCCUUCUAUUACGAGGAUGACAGCACGCACUACCGCGACCUGUAUAACGCCAAGCUCGACAAGUGCCAUGACACGGGGCCUGAUGUGGUCUUCCAAUACACGCCACCCCAGAACAUGGUGGUGUCAGUGGACCUGUGCAGCCUUACCGAGUUUGACUCGGUCCUCAGCGCAUACGAGCGCACCAAGCCCGGAGCUAAGCCGGUAUCCAUCGCAUGCAACGACGACUCCUGUGGCACCAAGUCGAAGCUCUCAGGCCUCAUCCUCGCCAAGGGAACCGCCUACUUCUUUAUGGUGGACGGGUGGGGAGGCACAGGGGGCAAGUUCGCAAUCAACAUGGUUGUCACCAAGGUGCUCAAGGCCCUCGACUCCAAGGCACCCCGUAACAAGGCGUUCCAGCCCAUCCGCUCCAAGGCAGUUAGCGCAAAUGCGCUCGCCUCUCUGCGAUCCAUGCCUGUGCCACCACAGUCUCACCAGCUUCAUCCGCUCCUCUCUCUGCCCAUCAAUCCCACCUCCUCCCACCCUUCCUCCUCCCACCCUACUUCUUCUGAGUCCGAUGGUGGCAAUGCUAAAAAAGGUGGCAGUGGUGCCCGUGCUGCGAAUCCCUCUUUCUCCUUCGCUUCGCCACGCCACCUCUCUCAACCACCCCGCUUCAUCUACAUGAAUGGCAGUACUCCCAUGCCGCUCGCCCCCGCCAGUGGCCCUGGUGUGGGGGCGCGUGAUGAGGGCUCAGGUGCUGACGCCAAAGGCUCUUACCGCGUGCUGACAGGGCCCUGGGGAGAAUGCUCCGUGUCGUGCGGUGUGGGGCAGCAGCAGAGAAUGGCGUGGUGUGUGGACGCCCAGGGAAUGACGGCCCAAUCGCCUCUCGCCAGCUGUCCGCUGCUCCCUGCUGUGCCCACCACUCAGCCAUGCCAGCUGGCACCCUGCACACGCGGUUACUGGGACGUCACACAGUGGCAGGGCUGCAACGUGCCAUGCGGAGGGGGUGUGAACGUGCGGUCAGUGGUGUGUCGAGACGCCGUGCAGGGCAACAUGCUCGACGACUCCCGCUGCCCCUCUGCCCCCCCUUCCACCAACCAGUCCUGCAACACACAGCCAUGCUCUAUCCACAUCUGGAGAACUCGCAGCUGGUCCCCGUGCCAGUACUCCCUGACCCUAUUGUCCGAUGUGCGCUCUGGUUUGACACCCCACGGCAGCAGCAGUAACCGCAGCAGCAGCAGCAGCAGCAGCAGCAGCAGCAGCAACCGCAGCAGCAGCAACCACAGCAGCAGCACUAACAGCAGCAGCAAUCAGGGUAGCAGCAGCAGCGGUGGAACGGUGUGGAGUGUGGUGGAGGAGGAGGUGAUGCAAGUGUACGGAUGGAGAAGAAGAGAGAUUGAGUGUGUGAGCAUGAGAGGCCAAUCAGUGCAAGACUCGUUCUGCUUCAGCUCAGUCAAGCCCGCAACCUUCUCCCCCUGCCUCCCACCUCCACCACUCCCCUCCACCACCUCUGAUGCUGCCUCCUCCCCCUCCGUUUCACCCUCUUCCUCCUCCAACGCUUUCAAUACUACCGCUGGCAUCGUUUCCAGUAAUGCAACUGUUACCGCCACCAUCAGACCAAUUAGACCCAGCAGCAGCAGCCACAGCAGUCGAAACAGCCGCAGUAGCCGCAACAGCCACAGAAGCCGAAACAGCCAUAGCAGCCGGAAUAGCCACAGCAGGAAAAGCAGGCACGGCAGGAACAGCAAGCACCACAGACACAGCAGGCACAGCCACAGAAGCCGCAACAGCAACAGCAACAGCACCUCGUCUCUCCUCUGCUCCAGCCUCUCGUGCAUACACGGCACUUGUGAG